AUGACUGACUCUCCUCCACCAACCCCAACGGCCCCUUUCGAGCGGAGGCUGAAGAACUGCGUAUCCCCUGGCGAGAACCCCUUUAUAUACCGUCCUGGAGGCUACCACCCGGUUAAUCUGGGCGAUGUUUUCAACGACGGCCAGUACAAGGUUAUUCGAAAACUUGGAGAUGGGUGUUUCUCUAUUGUCUGGCUCGCCCAUGACUUGAAAAACUCGCGAUAUGUAGCGCUGAAGAUACUUACCUCGGAUGAGGCAGAUGAGUCUCAGGAAGUGAAGAUCCUACACCAUCUUACAAAGACUGACCCCCUCGAAUCAUCCCAGCGGAUCACGCAGCUUCUCGACGAGUUUGAGCACAAGGGCCCCAAUGGCACCCACAAAUGUCUCGUUUUCGAGCCCAUGGGAGCCUCUGCCAACCAGAUGCUUCUAGAACUUGCCGACAGAGAGCACAAGUUUCCGAGUGAGAUGAAGUAUACGCCCCAGAUGGCAAAACGCAUGCUCAGGGAUGCGUUGAAAGGGCUGGCCUUUCUUCACAAGCACGGUAUCUCUCACGCAGACUUCCAACCUGGCAAUAUGCUGUUCUCCCUCAACAACAUUGAUUCCUGCGAUGAAGCGAGCCUAAGCCAAGAGGAAUCGCCGGACGAGUACUAUCGGAUUAAGAGAAUUGAUGGCAAGAAGGACAAAUGGGCCCCGGAAUAUCUUUGGACUGCGGAGCCGCUAACUGAUCACACGAGUGUUGACGAAAACCUCAAAAUCAAAUUAGCUGACAUGGGCGGCGCAUACUUCCUCAACGACCCUCCCAAGGAACCGAUAGUCCCCUGUACCCUUCGCGCUCCAGAGCUAGUCCUCAAAGGAGAAUUCGACAAAGCCCAAGAUAUUUGGAGUUUCGGGUGUCUUGUUUUUGAAUUGAUCGCUGGACGGCCUCUCUUCUACGUAUUUGGCCCCAGCAAAGACGAUUCUUCCUUACUAGAUGAUGAAUAUCUUCUUGAAAUCACGGAUAGGCUCGGCCCACUCCCCGAUGAGCUUUACAGCCACUGGAAGACCUCCUCGCGCUACUACACCCAGGAUAGAACAAAGUACAAUUGUAUGAUUGGUGGUGUUCCCGAGGGCAGGGAGCCACUUAUGCUGGAACGGGAAUCCAUGGAACAAGCCUUCGACAAGAAGGGUCCCGAGAUGACAGAGGAGGAGGCGCAGGAGGUUAAGAAACUCAUCCGAUGGAUUCUUCAGUAUGAUCCUGCUCAGAGACCCUCAGCUGAAGAGAUCCUCCGGCAUUCAUGGUUUGCGGGAGACUCAAGUGAGCAGGCAGAGUAA